UUUCUAUUUUCAUAUCUUGGAUUCGUUGCUAAUUUGCUAUUACAUACAUGAUAUGGGAUGAAUCUUACAUAUUCUUCAUUUCCUUGGUGACUUAGUGUUUCUUUGUUUUAAAUAGUCAUGACUUUUUUGCAGGGUGAAAACAGGAAUUCUAAAAGAGAUGAUGUUGAGGUUAACUUUAUUUUAGUUUGUGUUUAAAAGUGUCUGCUGCUUUAUUUCUGAACAAUAUGAAAGGAGGAAGUCAAUAUAAAUUGAGAAUCAAAAGGUUUCUCAGUCUCACUGCUCUAGUUUGCUUGACAUUUGCUGUUUGGGCAUGGGAGAAAACAGCACUCUUAAGUACUUUUCUCCCAUCUUCGGAUCAGUAUGAAAUGAGCUCCAGCAUGUCUUCUCCAGUGUUUUCUUUAAGUACUCCUCAGAUGCAUUCAGUAUACACAAAUCAGAAACCAUCCAUAGAAGAUGUCCCUUUUGAUGCAUCCAUAGAGGAAGUGCCAUCACAACCAGCAACAGAAGACAAAUUUUCAAAUAAUAUAAAGUCUCCACCUUUACGAGGAAGUGAAGAGAGCUUAUUUGAAGAAAAAAAAGAGAGUGACAACUUGAAAAUGGUUACGUCAAAUAAUAAAGAGUGCAAUUACGCAAAGGGGAAAUGGGUUGCGGACAGAAGGAGGCCACUAUAUUCAGGCUUGGGUUGUAAGCAGUGGUUGUCAGAGAUGUGGUCUUGUAGAUCGAAUAAUCGUACAGAUUUCUCCUAUGAGAGGUACCGAUGGCAGCCAAAAGAUUGUGAGAUGCCAGAGUUUGAAGGCUCCAAAUUCUUGAAACAGGUGCAGCACAAAACAAUUGCAUUUGUAGGGGACUCAUUAGGAAGGCAGCAAUUUCAAUCCCUGAUGUGUAUGGUCACUGGUGGACAAGAACACCCUGAAGUCGAAGAUAUCAGUAUCCAAUAUGGCCUCGAUAUUCAACCCGGAUCCGACAGACCCAGUGGCUGGGCUUUCCGGUUUCCAACAACCAACACCACUAUUCUCUACUAUUGGUCAGCUAGUCUCUGUGCGAUAGAACCCAUCAACAUAACGGAUCCCAACACUAAUUUUGCUAUGCAUCUUGAUCGUCCUGCACAAUUUUUGCAGCAAUAUCUCCAUAGGUUCAAUGUUCUAGUCCUCAAUACCGGUCACCAUUGGAAUAGAGGGAAAGUUAAUGCUAACAGAUGGGUAAUGUACAUUAAUGGAAAACCGAACACUGAUAGAAAGACCGCAAUGAUUUGGAUUGCGAAAGAUGUUGCUGUUCAUAGUGUAGCAAAAUGGAUAGACUCUCAAAUGCCAAAACAUUCGGAGCUGAAAGUUUUCUUUAGGACGAUUUCUCCGAGGCAUUUCCUCAACGGGGAUUGGAAUACUGGGGGAAGUUGUGACAAUACAAAACCUUUGGUUGGGGGAAGUGAGGUAACGCAAAAUGUUUCAGCUGACCCGGUUGUUGAGGAUGCAGUUAAGGGGACUAGGGUUAAGAUUUUGGAUAUUACCGCUCUGUCUCAGUUGAGAGAUGAGGCUCAUGUUUCAAAGUAUAGCAUAAGAGCGACACCUGGUAGUUAUGAUUGUCUUCACUGGUGCCUCCCCGGGAUUCCUGAUACAUGGAAUGAGAUUCUUGCUGCACAAGUAUAGAGACUUUGUUUACGAAUGGUAAUGAGAAAAUUUUGUUGCUGCCGUCGAAAAAUGUGGCAUGUUGGAUUCUAUUUUUUGGUUGAGAAGAUAAUACUGUGUCCGCUAUGUUACGGAUUUCGGGGUCACAAGAAGUAGGAUUUGGUUCCUUUCUCACGUGUACAAAAGUUUCUCUACUACAAGAAUUCGGUAUUUGAAGGCCGCGAAGCAGCCUAUAUAUAGUUGAACAUGCACGUGAUAGCUGUAGGGGGGUGUCUUGUUGGAGACAGGAUAUAUUUGUAUUUAGUGAUUUAUAAUUUUAGCUAUAUUUCCUUAGAAAGUGUGAGAUUUGUGUUAAUUUUACAGUUUUUUUUUUGACUUGAAUAUUUUUGUGGGUAGAUUUUGAUGUUUUAACAUAUUAUGAGAGAGCAGCGGUUACUGA